GAGGAGGGUAGGAGGGAGAGAAAAGGGGAGGGAGUCGGAGAAAGAGGGGGACGGCUUUUCUGUGAUGUGAAUGGAGCAAAGCGAGAAGGGAGAGAAAGAGGGAGGGAGGGAGAGAGGGCAGCACAAAUCAACCUGCCUCUUCUUGACUUCAGCAAACAGCACAGAGGAGCUCGCCUGUAGGCGCGGGGAUCGGGAAGUGUGUGUGUGUGUGUGUGUGUGCUGCGAGCUAUUUCGCGAUUCUUCUUUCUUUUUUUUUUCCUUUUUGGUUUAGAGGAAGGGAGGACAGCCCUGGGGAGGAACCGCGGCGGCAGGAGGAACGAGCUGCCUCACCGUGGAGAUAGAUAGCAGAAAAAUGCUGUCAUGGGGAGAGAAGGAGAGCGAGUCGGCAGAGAGGAACAGGAUGGAACAAGGCAGGGUCGAGCAGGACUGAAAUGUGGAGGUGGUCUGUGGAUGACGGCUGCAGGCGCUGGGCAGUGCACACCAGGGGAUGCCAUGUUUGACCACUUGACAAAGGCAGCACCUCUCCGAUACAGAGGGCAUAGAGACAGGCUCCAGUGAUGAUCCUCGCAUGUUUAACUCAAACUAAAUGCACAUCUGCACACGUGGAUGGACCCGUCCAGCGACCAACAGUGCGGUUUCCCUUCCGACUUCAUCAUUCCCACUCAAGAACUCAUUGACAAAGUGCGGUGUCCCACAGAGGCCCCUAUGAGAGCCCAGAGGUCGAGAGAGUUCAUCCAUCUUAAGUGGUGUGAAUGAGAAAAUAAUAGUUGCUUUCACUUAGCUGGAUUUUCCAUUUUCAUACUCAGCAUCCCAGUUUCACACCAGCACCUCAGACACCUGGAUGAAGAGUUAGGCAGGAAGCUCCAGGGAGAAGAUUGUCAGAUUAGAUUUGAUUCCUCAGGCACCAUGCAGUCAGAUGACCUCUUCAUUCGCAAGUUCCGCCGCCAGAACGUGCGCCCGCCCCUCGCCACCGUCAAUUUUGACCCCAAACGGGAAGCGGGAGUGGUGGAGUGGCCUCCCAGGAGGCCCGGCGACGGCGCCGAUGCAGACUGCAGCCUCACUCCGAGCCGUGUGGGGUUGACUCUGCGGUCGGUGGGGCGGGGCCACAUCAUGCAAAGAAGUAACAGCGAUGUAACCCUGGGAGACUUGGACUCCUCCGGGAAAACGUCAGGGAAAGUAAUCCGAGCAGCAGGUGAGAAAGCGGGCACGGGGCCUCAGGGAGACUCAGGUGUGCAUCUGCACAGGGAGUACGGCAGCCUGUCGUCGCUGGAGAGACAAACUCAAGGCCAGGACCCGAGCAGGGAGAACCAUGGACCCCUGAGUCCAAACGCUCUCCGCUUUAAAGACCCUUUCCUGCUUUUAGGCCUGGAGGGCAACCUUCCAGAGCCGGAUGGAUUCUUCCGAGAUCUGUCCAGGUCUGGUGGAGACUCCCCGAAACCCGCUAAACCGCCCAAGCCUGAAGGUCUUAGUAAAAAGUCCAAACUUAUGCCCCCUCAGAUCCCUCAGCCCGGCACGUACGACCACCUGGGAGGCGGCGCGUGGGUGAGGAACUUUGCCCACUACGAUGUUCAGAGCAUCCUGUUCGACCUCACAGAGGUCGCCACAAACAGGGACAGCAUCGGUCGCAAGAAGAACAUCACCUCAGGGGCGUCGGCUGCCUCCCAGCUCCGCCCCCUCGCCCAGUCCACACCUGCCUCACCAGCACAGGGGGGCGGUGGCAGCGGAGGGAACGCAGACGACCAGGAGCAGUCACUGCUGCUGGACGAAGGCGACGGCAACGAUAACGAGCUGCUGCUCAGCUGUCCGCACUUCCGUAACGAGACGGGAGGCGAGGAGCAGGUGGGCCUGGGGCGGUCGGCUGGCAGAAGGGAGCUCUGGUCGACCCUGCGGACCCCCAACGACGCCGUGUCUGUGCUGGAGGAGCCCAGGGAGAGCAACAUCCAGCUGCAGGGCAAAAGCAACUACUUCAUAGAGCACGCAGACCUGGGAGCGCAUUACUACCGCAAAUAUUUCAACCUGAAAGAACACCAGAACUUCUUUGGGAUUGAUGACCGCCUCGGCCCUGUGGCCAUCAGCUUCCGCCGGGAUGAGAAAGAGGGGUCCAGCGGAGCUCAGUACAAUUACAGAAUCAUCUUCCGCACCACAGAGAUGAAGACGCUUCGAGGCUCCAUCCUGGAGGAGUCCGUGCCGUCGGCCGCCCGUCACACAACCCCGAGGGGCCUGUCCCCCAAGAGGCUGCUGGAGUUUAUCAUGCCUGAGCUCAACCUGCACUGCCUCCGCCUGGCUUCCAACUCCCCUAAGGUCCGGGACACGCUGCUGAAGCUGGACGAACAGGGGCUGAACUUUCAGAGGAAGGUCGGCGUGAUGUACUGCCGCGCCGGUCAGAGCUCCGAGGAGGACAUGUACAACAACGAGAGCUCUGGGCCGGCGUUUGAGGAGUUCCUUGAUCUGCUUGGAGAGCGGGUGCGGCUGAAGGGCUGGGAGAAAUACCGAGCUCAGCUGGAUAACAAGACCGACUCCACUGGAACGCAUUCCCUCUACACGCGUUACCAGGACUACGAGAUCAUGUUUCACGUGUCGACCAUGCUGCCCUACACGGCCAACAACACGCAGCAGCUGCUAAGGAAGCGACACAUCGGAAACGACAUCGUGACGAUCGUGUUCCAGGAGCCAGGCGCUCUGCCCUUCACUCCGAAGUCCAUCCGCUCGCAUUUCCAGCAUGUCUUCAUCAUCGUUCAGGUUCACGAGCCCGGCACCGACCACGCCUACUACAGAGUGGCUGUGACACGCUCCAAAGACAUCCCGUUAUUUGGGCCCCUGUUCCCCAGGGGCGCCCGGUUCCAUCGCUCGCCUGCCUUCAGAGACUUCCUCCUGGCGAAGGUGGUAAACGCCGAGAACGCUGCAGAGAAAUCGGAGAAGUUUCGCUCCAUGGCCACACGCACUCGGCAGGAAUACCUGAAGGAUCUGGCGGAGAACUACGUGACCACAACCCCCAUCGACUCCUCCACCAAGUUCCCCCUCCUCUCUUUGGGGAGCAAGCGGAAAGACAAGAUGAAGGGCGCGAAAGGCGCUGAGCUGCACAGCGCCGGAGCACUGGUGUGGGCGGUGAUGGUCAGCUGCAGAGAUGACUCGGAGGCCGGUGAGCAGCAGAAGUUCCCCUGUCUGCUUGGGGUGUCGGCGGAGUCGGUGGUGCUCAUCGAGAGGGGCAGUCGCAGGGUGGUGUUCAACUGCUCCUGUCGAGACGUCAUCGGAUGGAAGGCGGUGACAGAAACGAAGGAUGGGGGGCCGUGUUUGGACAUCUUCUAUGAGCGCGGGGAGUCCGUGUUGAUCAGCAUGUUGGAGAGUCAGACAGAGGACAUAAAAGAAGUGGUGCAAAGACUUGAGCUGGUGACGCGGGGCUGCGAGGCGCUGGAGGUCACCCCGCUGCGGGACGGAGUGGGCCAGCCUGGCUUCCUCAUGAACGAGGAGGGCUUCGUGACAGAACUGCAGAGGUUCUGCUACGCCGAGAGCGGAGGCCUGCAGCUGUGGGCUCGCGUGGUGAGGCUGUGCGGACAUUCCCUGGUCCACUUGAGCCCCGAGGAGAGGAGCAGGCUUCUCCGCACGGCACACAAGAUCCACAUCACCGUCAUCCCACCGGAUGAGAACGGCAAACCUCGCAGAAGUUUCUCUGAGCUCUAUCAGAAAGCCAUCAAGGAUGCGGAGUGCAAGUCCGGCGAGGACCAGUCGGGAGUGGCCUGGGUGGUGGAUGAGAGGGAAGACGAGAGGGAGGAGCAGGAGCAGAAGGUGGAGGAGGAGCAGCUGAAAGCGGACAGGGUCGAGGAGGAGGACGAGGAGUUCACUGAGGAUGAGCUGAAGAUGGACGGCGGCGGGGAGCAAAACGAGGAGAGUCCCGGCCCGCUCCUCGCACCGCCCACCUUACCUUUGUUGAGGGCUACGUCUCUGCAGGACCAGCCAGCCAAUCAGAGCGAAGAGAUCAGCAUCUCUCAGCUCACCCGCAGCGUUUCUCUGGAGAAGCAGCUGUCCUACACAGACACCUGUGAUGGACACGUGUACGACAACGUGAUGAUGAAGGAGAAACGCCACAUCUACGAGAACGUCGGGGAGCUGAGGGACGCCACGCCUGACCUGAUCCUGGCCGUCAAGCCCAAAGUUCCCCCAGAAGAAGAGCAGUUCAUGGCCAUUGACUUUGGCGAGGACAAAGCUUCAGCGAGUGACUCGUCCGUGUUAUCUUCCCGGCUAUCGAGCGUAGACCGAGCAGAAAGAAACUCGCGAGCCCUCAGUCUGCAUAACUCCAUCACCAAGAUUCUCUCUGAGACGACAGAUUCCACAGAUGAGGAAUGGCAGUCCAUUGCUGACCUGGCGACAGCCUGCCGCAGCAUCCUGGAGGCUUUGUCCAAAGAAGACCGCAAAGCCGGGGAUUCCUCUCAAGGUGGAGCUGAUCAGACAGACGGCAAACUCAGAGACUCAAAGGACAGUGACUCUCCGGGCCACCUGGAGGAGAAGGUGUCGCAGCUGGAGGCCAUGCUGAAGAAGCUGCAAGACGACCUGCAAAAGUGGGCACACAAGGAGAAAGAGGACAAGGCGGUGCUGCAGGCCGAGGUGCAGAGCCUCAGGCAGAACAACCAGCGGCUGCAGGAGGAGUCGCAGAGCACAGUGGCCCGCCUCAUCAAAGUCACUGAGCUCCUGUGCAACGUCAACAAGCCCUGUUAGGUCCCCAUGAUGCAAAUCCCGCUGAGCGCCUCCAUGCCCAACAACGUUCUUUGAUCAUGUAUAGAUAGCUGCAAAAGUAAACACACAGGCAAGUGUGGUCCUGCCUGCUGGGGAGGAAGUAUGCAAAAGAGACAAAAAAAAAGUGUAGACUGACCUUCACAGGCUGCUGUAGAGUGUGUGUGUGUGUGUAGGGGGGCGUGUGUGUGCCUGUUUCUUGCUUCAAAUACUUGACAAGCUCUGCUAAGUAGCACUUAUAGAAGAGGUUUCAAUUAAGACAGACAGGCACUGUACAGCAUGUUUUGUGGUGUUUAAUGGAAAAAUGACCAAAAGUGUAUAAAACAUAGUAAGCAGUAUCAGCGGUAAUAUAUGUGAACGGUAGUAAAGCUACAUGUAGUUGCAGGGUCUGAGUGUGUUUUCUGCCUGGCACUGACAGGAAGGUUAGCCUGAAAUUAAAACACACUCACACACACACGCACACACACACACACACACAAAUGAAUAUUUGAAUUACUGCAGGCGGCCUUCUACUUAGAAACAUGUAACGAUGCUCACUGAGGGAGGUCUGUUAUGUAAGGACAUUAUCCUCUAUCUUCACUUCUUAGUCGUACUGUAUUUAGGUAAUUCUGCUUUUAGGAAACGAAACUGGAAAAUAAGGGGGCUGAAAACAGAGAUUCAAACUGCUUGUUUCUUCUGUUUUCUUUGGAUUUCAAAAGAAAAGCAGCAUAAAGAGGAAAUUGAAAGGAUAAAAUUCAGACUCUGGCAGGAACGAACUGCUUCAGCUUCCUUCCAUGACUGCCUGUAGCUGUUCAUCUCCUAACCUCACUAUUGUAGCAGCCAUAACUGUAGAAGAUCGCCUCCUGCUGGCCUGAACUGCAGCUCUUUUCUUUCAGCCCGCAAAAUAGCUUUAGGUGUGAGAAUGAGCAACCUGGACUGAUGGUGAAAUAAUGCAGAAAACUGUAUUUAAAUACAUUUUGUUUGUGUUUUAUUGUUUUUGUUUUGUUUUCUGAUGUAACUAUUUGGGUAAUUGUUUGCUUUAGCUGGAGAGUGGCAGCAGUGCAUUGAAAUUUCCUUAAUUAGAGAUGCGCCAAAAAAGACUCACCAAACGGUGAUCACAAUCAAAUAAGUUUGAUAUUUACCAAACUUGACUGGUGACCAGCCUGUUAAAACCUCAGAAAUGCAACAUUUUUCCAGUCAACGAAUGCAGCUAAGGGCUAACAGAUCUCACUAACAUCACUCUUCAGUGUGGAAGUUGUCACUGACCGAAUGACGAUCAAAGUUAGCUAUUUUUAGUAUCAACGAGGCAAUUAAAAGUAGGUGGAGGAAUCACAGAGGUGUAGGAAGCUGUUUAAAAUAGAAACAUGACACCUGGUGCUUGCAUUUCACUCUAUUUGGUUGUUUCAAACUCGACUAUUUUGGGUACAAAAAUGAGCCAUUUGCUAUAAAAGGUCAACUCAUAAGAGGAAUGUUGUUUCAAUUUGAUAAAAUAUUAAAUUGACUAAAGCUCGACGUCACACUUAAGUUUAAUUGUUUCUUUUAUUAGUUUGAGCUUUCAGUCUGUCUGUCAGGGAACAUGCUGGAUUUGGAAAUGUUGCCAGCAGAAAUUUCUGAUUUCAAAUUGGUGUCUACACUCCCCAGCGCUGUGGUUCUCAAACUAAAACCUGCUGAUCCUGUGUUUAUUUCGCCUCUGAAGUCAGAACUUGGAGUUGGGAAUGUAAUCAAAGAUAACCACAAGCUUCAAGUUUAAAAAGCAGCUUGAUUUGCUUACUGUGUCCAGGGUUACUACUUGUUGCAACGCAAUAAAAAAAACCCAACAUAUUCGUAUAUAAUUUGCAGUUAGGUGUUCACUUGAGGAGAUUGUGUUGCAGUUUUAACAAAAUCCAGGUCAUCAGAGGUGCAAAGAAAGUCAUUUUUAUUGCAGCUGUUGGUGAAAUUUAUAUGCAAUUAAGGCGACCAUUUUGUCUUCAGAGGCCGGAGCUGUUGAGACGCCUCAAAGUUUCUGACUUGUAAUUCUAAUUUAAGGGCCUGUUUGUUAAUCUGUCCAGCUUGAAUCUGAUUUUUCAACGUCUGUGCUCUGGAUAAGAAACGAAGUAUGUUCCUCUUUUUGCUUUUAUUUUUUAUGACUCAACACAUCAAACUGAAAAAGAACAAUUGCUGCUGCAACUUAGUAAUAUCUGUUUUCAUUCUAAAAUGUUUGAGAAUCACUGCUAUAGGGAAUGCAUAGAGGCUACUGUUCACAUUUAUGUUCAAUACCAUAAAAUUAAAAGACAUUUUUAAACAUCAACACAAAUUUUUGGCCGUUUCAAAGUGACAGACAGGUGGACAGCUCCCAGAAGAGACUGAUUUCAGUAAUGCUAACCAUGCUAACCAAGCUAAUCAACUAAUCAAUCAAGUUUAUUUGUAUAUUUCAGCAAGAAGGCAGUUCAAAGUGCUUUGCAUCAUAAAAACACAAUUAAAAUUCGACAAUUGAGAAACCAGUGACAGACAUUACAUUUUAAAAUGAUCAAAACCAUCAAUAUACAUUGAAUAUGUUGGUCAAUGUUAUGUUAUUUAUAAUUAAGCAACAUGUGGGGUUUUAGCCUUGAUUUAAAGGAGCUCAGGGUUCCAGUUGUUUUGCAGUUUUCUAGACAUUUGUUAAAGAUUUUUGGUGCAUCGAAGCUGAACGCUGCUUCUGAAUGCUAAUUGUUAAUUUAUGAUUGUUAAUGUUAAGUGGCUUCUCGCUCACACACGCAUACGCUGGGAUGUUUCUUCUACUGUUGGUUAUUAAUGGAGACUCAAAACAGAAAGGUUAGAAGACACAAGAAUGGUAAUUUUCUCAACGUUUGCCACGCUAACGUUUCUAAAUUUGACCCCCACUACGUACCUUCGCUCAUACAUUUCCUCCAUUUUGGUUGACAGGUUUUUGUUGUUUUGAAUUUUUCUACAAUAGUGAGCAUUAAUGAAGAUUAACUGUGGUUUCAUUCUGUUUCCUAAUUCUUUCUGAUAACUUUUUGCUCUCAUUUUCUUCAAAACUAACUGAUUAAUCGAUCAGAGUGACCUUUUUCUGGUUGAUAUACAGUAGUUUGAUUUAAAAAAUGUGACUUUAAAUCAUUGGUUGUCAAAGCGGUGCUAAACACCCUUCUGUUGUUCAGAAACUAUUUUGUUCACAAAAAAUCGACUUCAAAGCAACCAAUAUCCUAAAGGUACGAAAUGCCUAACUGACUGGCAUUCCCCUUUCACAGCAGGAAAUAUAAAGGUAGCUAUUUUGAGUCAUUUUUCAUAUAUAUUCUCAUAUGACAGUUUUUAAAGAGAAACUGGAAGUUGACCAUAGUUGUCCAGUCGGUGCAUCUCUAACCUAAAUGUACGCUUGUGUGCUUACGUGUCAUUCCGGCACCUUUGCUUUUGUCACUGUAACACUGGACAUGUCACAUACUGAACUCCAUUCAGCCUGCCUAAAAUUAUAAGAUUAUAUCUUGCUCAACAUAAGAAGGUGCAUAAGAUCUCAACUCCGCCCCUGAUACUCACCUUCCCUCAUUAAUGUAUCUCCACUGCUGAUGGAGUCGGUGUGUUCAGAGUUGGACUGCCAACAAACAACCGAUCCACAAACUGAUAAACUGAACUCUCACACACACACACACACACACGAGAAAACCGAUGCCAAACAUCACUCAAGACUGCUGUUUCUUUUCUUUUUCUUGUACAAACUUCCUGUAAUUUUCUUUUAGAGUCACUGUGAAUAACUGGUACCAGCAUAUGAGGGGUGAGUUAGGAAUCUAAACCUUUGUUCCACGUUGGUGCACUGAGCAUGCUCUCCUUUUUGCAGGACGAUUAGCGCUAAUCGGAGGCUCCAUUAUUUAAAAGGAGAGGCGUACGUGGGAACAGACCCGUUUUACUGUGUCUUGUAUAUUUAUUUAGAUUGUAGGAGACUGGUCGAGCAUGACAACGUGCCAAGCGACUUCCAAGCCUCCCCUGCUGUAUGUGUGUAUGUAUUAAAAAGUGUAACGUAUUAAUAAUGCAAAUGUGGACUUUCUUGUAGCUGUUCAAACUGCAUUGAAGGUGUAAAAAAAAGAAAAAAAGAAAAAAGAAAUGUGAACUAUGGUGGAGAAAACGUGAGUUAUAAAUUUUUCUUUGCUCUUCUAGACAACAAAUUGCUAUGAUGUAAAAUGAAGUGAUAAUUGCUUAAACAUAAUGUAAUUACAAGUGAUAUUAUUCUGGAAUUGAAUUAUUUAACAACUCGAAUAUGGUCAUCAGGUAUGCCUUAAUGAAUGGAUUCCCUCUAUCUUAAUGGAACUGGUCUGACUGGUCAUACUGGCAUAAUGUGAAAGCUUACUCUUGACUUUGUGCCUACCUUUUUUUGUUGUUGUUGCUUUAUCCUUUUACAUUUGGUUGCACUAACUAAGUUUGUGUUAUUAUAUUUUUUUUAAUAUAAUUUAAAUCAGAUUUUUAUUUUUUAUUUUUUUUGGCAAAAUGAACAUUUCCAGGACCACCACAGUCAUCGGGUGCCACGUUUGCAGUUCAGAUUGUUAAAAAAAAGAAAAUAGAUUUUUUUUUUGAAAAGUACAUUUAAAAGGAGAUAGUGCUGAAAAUGAUGGUUGAGUGGAAAUGAAUGGGUUGUGCUUCCUUAAAAGGUAUUUAAAUGUUCCUGUAUGAGUUGUCUAUGGAAAUAAAACAAUAAAAAAUAAAUAAAACUAGGAGGAAAAAGUGAAAGAUUUGGGCAUCACAUGCACUUUCUUGACGUAAGUUGGAAGUGCAGCGGGUUAAACCUAGUUACAUGUAAAGUCUAUACAGAUGUUUGACAAAUACCCCUAAAGCAGAUUAUACUAAGACAUUUGUUUAGCUGACUUUGAGAUAUGAUGGAGUGAUUGUGGAGGAUGUUUGUCAUUCUUAGAUUAGUUGGGGGGAAAAAAAUCUAGCAGGUUUGGAGUAAAAAAAAAAAAAAAGCAUCUAAUUACAGGUGGCUAGAUCUUCAGAACCUAAGAUGUACUGUAUAUGUAAUUUAAAUGAAUCUUUAGUUUUCAUCUGUUCACCCUGUGGCUCUGUUUACUUUUCAUGAAGCAGAGAAUAAUUAAAACACAAGUUUAAACAGCUU